UUUGAGUUUUUAAAAAAAUGUGUAUAGGUAAUGAAAGCUCAAAAACAAGUCAUUAAUGAGCAUCACUAUUCAGGUCCUGAAUAUUGAUCUGCUGUUCACUGCUGGCAUUCGUAUUGGAUACUUCUCAAACUGCCUGAAUGAAGCUCCUGGAUUUGCUUGUCUUCUAGUGGCUGUAUUUAUAGAAACAAUGCUUCUACUCUAGAGAUUAAAUAAUCCCUUUAUUGGACAAAUAUUACUAGCAACAUGUUUCCAAAAACUAGACUUUCAACAUGAAUGUGAAAGAGUUCCUAGCCAAAGCCAAAGAAGACUUCUUAAGAAAAUGGGAAAGCCCUCCUCAGAAUACUGCUGGCUUAGAUGACUUCGAGAGGCUAAAAACACUUGGAACAGGGUCAUUUGGCAGAGUCAUGCUGGUGAAACAUAAAUCCACAGAACAGUAUUAUGCCAUGAAGAUACUGGAUAAACAAAAAGUGGUCAAACUGAAACAAAUAGAACACACACUGAAUGAAAAGAGAAUAUUACAAGCAGUGAACUUUCCUUUCCUUGUAAGACUGGAGUAUUCUUUUAAGGACAAUUCUAAUUUAUAUAUGGUUAUGGAAUAUGUUCCUGGGGGUGAAAUGUUCUCACAUCUAAGAAGAAUUGGAAGGUUCAGUGAACCACAUGCACGAUUUUAUGCAGCUCAGAUAGUGCUAACAUUUGAGUACCUCCAUUCACUAGACCUCAUCUACAGAGAUCUAAAACCUGAAAAUCUUUUAAUUGACCAGCAAGGAUAUAUCCAGGUCACAGAUUUUGGAUUUGCAAAAAGAGUAAAAGGCAGAACUUGGACGUUAUGUGGAACUCCAGAAUAUUUGGCACCUGAAAUAAUUCUCAGCAAGGGCUAUAACAAAGCAGUGGACUGGUGGGCCUUAGGAGUGUUAAUUUAUGAAAUGGCAGCUGGAUAUCCUCCAUUUUUUGCAGAUCAACCAAUCCAGAUUUAUGAAAAAAUAGUUUCAGGAAAGGUACGAUUUCCAUCUCACUUCAGUUCAGACCUUAAGGAUCUACUAAGAAAUUUACUCCAGGUAGACUUGACCAAACGGUAUGGAAAUCUCAAGAAUGGUGUAAAUGACAUAAAAAAUCACAAAUGGUUUGCCACUACAGAUUGGAUUGCCAUUUAUCAGAGAAAGGUGGAAGCUCCGUUCAUACCAAAGUGUAGAGGCCCUGGAGAUACCAGCAACUUCGAUGACUAUGAGGAAGAAGACAUUCGUGUGUCCCUAACGGAGAAGUGUGCAAAGGAAUUUGCUGACUUUUAGUACUUGCUGGAGGAUAACAGGACAUCAGGGCUCAUAUUGGGAUCUUUGCACUCUGUUAACUCAUGAAGUGGAGCUGAGACCAUCAUAUGUCAAAACAAUUACCUAGUUACUUCAUUCCACAAAGCUGACUGAGGUCUUUAUUGCCAUCUUCCAUGUGUGCAGUUUGCACCAACCCUUAUAACUAGGCACAAUUAAGCAAGCACGUUUUGUGCUAUAACACAGAUUAUAGACCACUUUUCCUACUUAACCUUUUGGUUUCUGUAAUUUCCUUUUGGUUUCUGUAUAUUGUUGAUUUCUCUUUCCUUUCCUCUUUUAAAAUGAAGUAGCUUUUUACCCAAGAAUUCUCCAUUUUAUUUUGAACAAUGUAUUUGUGUGAAUGAUACCGAAGGUAUUCUGGAUAGCGUGACUUAGACCGAAGUGAAAGAUAAGUGUUGCUUCUAGUCUGUGCCAGCCGAUCCUUCUGUGUCUGUCUCAUGUCUGAGGCUACAGUUCAUAAGUUUGUAAUUUUUUUUUAGUAGCUUGAACUAAAUCUAGCCAAUCAUUAGCAUUUUUGAAGGUUGUAUUUAUCACCAUAUGAGUGUAUGCUAAUUGACUUAAACACAUCUUCCUGGAGACUGACCAAACUUAGUAUCAAAAUUGGACAGCUUGUGUAAGGUAAAGUAGCUAGAUCCCGUGCCUUGGUUUUCUACAUACUGGCAGUUCUUCUCCCUGCCUAAUACUAAUUUUUCCCUCCCUGGGCUGUAGGUAGAUAGGGCAUAAGCAUACUGUGCCAUGGGAAGCACCAUCUCAAUAAGCAGGAACAGUCCCAUCCAGCCUGGGCUUUGGACCAUAUUUAACCAUGCUUAAUUUACCGUCAUUUCAGUAAGUAGCUAUCUAAAUGGCUUUUUAACACCCUAAAACCUGAAACACAAGGUUUGGUCAGUAUUGUCAAACUAGGACUGGUUUUGUUUUUGUUUUUGUUUGUUUUUUUUAGAAAUUUCAGUGUUGGGGCUCCUGAAGUAUUUCACAUUUCAACCCUUUUUUAAUGAAGGGGGAAAAAUACCUUUUCUUUUUUUAAAAAACCUCUUUAGCUGUGAGAAUAAAUGGUUUAGCAAAUGGGAAAUUUAGUAUUAAAAUAUCAAUGUGUUGCUAGAUAAACCUGGUAUUUCUGUUAACUAUGAAGAAUAAAAGAAGUAAAUGCCAAGUUUUUAUUCUGGUAUACUAUAUUAGUAAAUUGAGGAUGAGGUGCUGCUCCAAUCAUGGUUCCUAAUAGCAGCGCUUUAUUUGCAUGAAAGGGAGAGACAAAGUUUAAAACUGCCACCAUCAGCAAUGUGGUGUCUUCAUUUCAUUCUUUCAUUGAAAUGGAAUGUAUGGUCACGCAGAGACUCAUUUAGGUUGAGUUAAGCUUUGUUACAAUCUCACCAACUGACUUAAAGGUAUUGCUGCCAUGUGCUAGCUUCCAGCACUUUUACACACACUUGUGUUUGUGAACAAUCAAUGGCUCAGCACACAAUCUUGUGCUUUAAAAAAAAAUCAAUACAACUUUUUUUAGUUUCUGGUAACUCAGUGGCCUGUCUUAGGAUGGCACAUCAAUAUGGCUUAAAAUAAACUAGGCUCAUGUUUUUUGAUCAAUUUACAUGUAUACAAGAAUGAUGUCUUUUUAUUAAAAUGGAUCUAGAUUGGUAUGUAGUCAUGAGUGUUUUGUAGAAGGCUGAUGCAGAUGAGACUGUUGGCAUUGCUUCCUUUUAAUCUCUAUGACACUCCUUUAAGAGAACCUCUGUAGACAUUUUCCAGCUUGGAAUGAGAUGUACCAUACAACAUUCUGUGUGUCUUUUUAAGUUGUCAAGCAGUUUUGCACAACACCCUCCUUAGACGUCUGUUUGCCAUUUUUGUCCACCCUUGUCUACGUAUGUGCAAAGCAAGCAUACGAUACUUUGCAGUAGCAAAUUUUAUGUAAUAAAUAUACUGUCACAUUAAUAAAUUUAAAGACAUUAUUUGUAUGAAAAAUGUUAAAUCUUUUGUAUUUCAUUUAGACUGAGGACAUGCUGUUGUAUGCUAGGUGUAUACAAUAAAUUCUACAGUAGCUUUGUUGUUUCUGGACUUGAAAAGGUUUUAAUAAAUGCUGGAGAUCAUUGUUUUGAUUCUGUUAUAUUUCAGCCAUUACUUUGAUCUGAUAACAUACAAGAUGCUUUGUCUUGGGUGUGCGUAUGUAUUUUUAAAAAGGGGUUGUGACACUUCAUUCUGGAUGUCCAUUAAGAACUGCAAGGGACGAAUUCCAGCAUGUCUGAGAUUUCAACUCUGGAUGGACAUUUUUGAAAUACCCUCUUAAUUCUUUAUUAUGCUGUACUUAACUAUUGAAAUGUGUUAAAAAUGGAAAGUAAAAACCAAGGUAAUCUUAAAACGGAGUACUAGACUCGAAAUAAAAGGAGUUUUGGCAAAAGACAAGGAGGUGUCAUUCACAUCUCAUUGGAGUACAAUUUUGACAAUGUAUUAAAGGCCCUACCAUAAAUAUAUAAAAGCCACAAGAAUAUCAUGAUGCCUGUAUUUAAUUUCAAAAAUCUUUUCCACCAUAUGAAAUACUGUAUAUUUGACAGUAGAGACUUGUUGAUUUUACACAAUUGAGGAAUUAAGUGUUGGACUGUGUGGUAUCUUUUAACUGUACUCUAGUUGUAUGUAACUCUCAUUUUCAACAUAAAGAAUUGUAUCUCAUUAAGUAAAUUGCUUCUUUUAUUUUCUUGUCAACUUCAUUAAAACCCUUGUUUUUAAACCCUUUAA